UUCAGUCUUCAUUUGUUACUGGCCUUUUGUAUUUUUUAAUAUUUGGUUUGUUAUCUGUUAAUGUUUUGUUGUGGUAGUUCAGCCUUCCAAUGGCCAGCAGGCUCUUCUCUGUAAGAAUCGUGAAUGAUCAUUUUUUCCUCCGGGGCUACACGCUCCCACUUUAGUGUGGGCUUCCUUUUGUGUGUGUGAGAGGUCUGGUGAGAAGGCCCUGAGAGGCCGUAUGUUUGUCCAUCUGGUCCUUGAGGGGUGUUGCACAUGGGCUGGAGACAGAGGUUUGAAAGCUGCCAGGUCCCAGCCAGGUCCCUCUGCAGCUUUGGACAUCUCAGCCCGCGUCUGGGUCCCGUGUUGUUGCCUGACCCCCUUCCAGUCACUGCGGGUCACUAAGGAAGAGGUAGAUCACAACAUGCGAUGGGAACGUUUUUCAUCUCUGCUUGGUUACAGCUGUCCGUGGAGACAGGGGCUACUUGACUUCUCAACUUGAGCCUGUCCGUGAGCCUUGGGGUGAUCCCACAGAUGUGGCUGCAGGCGAUGGUUAUCCAGCUUCCUGGCUGGGUUUCAGGGCUGACCCACAGGCAGGUCGCAUGGACGUGGCCAGACAGAGGGCUUUUCCAGCUCCUUGGCUGAAUCCUGGGCUGAAUCCCAGCUGGCAUCCCAGGGAGACCAACCGUGAGAGUGUGCAGAAGGAGGCCUUUCAGAAGGGAAGCAGGCACACCGUGCCAGUCUCCAAUGAAGAAAGAGAGGCAAUGCAAGAGACUGGCAUGCCAGGGGCAGAUGCUGGGAGAAGGUCUGAGGCUGCUGGUCACGAAUUGCUGCGCAACUUCUCAUUUUGGUAUAUGCUUAGUUUAACCUCGAGCCAGGGUUGGUGAAGACAAAGCUGAGUGAGAGCUUCUGUAAGCAGCGAGGCAGCAGACACCAUAGAAAAAGUCUAUCCUCUCUGCUGCCCACCCUAGAAAUCCCUAGAAAUGGCUAAAGGCCCACCAAAGGAGCAGCUUAGCUGCUCUUGAGGAUGGCGGAGAGACCCCCCAGCCGCCCCAGGGUAGCCUGGGAGGAGGACAGGGCUUCCCAGGAGAGCAGCUCUCCCCCAGAGCUCUACAGGGUGUCCACGGCCCAGCCGCUGCAGACUGAUGGCAGCCGGUUAUCUGCCGAUGAAGAGGAAGAGGAAACCGUGCACUGCAUCCAGGCUUUUCUCACGAGCACCGAAAAGGACGAGACCCAGAAGAUGCGUUUUCUCCAGAGCAUCCGCACGAUCUGCAGAGCCACCAGGCACAAGGGCUUGUCACAGGGCCUGGAUGUCUUCUGCCAUGGAGAUGAGCUGGCAGGGAGUAUCACGGUGCUGCUGAAAGAGGAGCCCAGGGAUCACCUGCGCACGGCAGUGCGGCAGCAAGCCAUGCUUGCCAUCUCUGCCUUGAGCUCAGUGGAGAUGGUGCCGGAGGACCAAACGAUGCACCUCUUAGACGCCUGCUUCAGCAGCGUCUUCUGCCUUCCUCCAAAAGAGGACAUGCAGGGCUUGGACACUUCCCUCUACCACGAGACCCUGCACGCCAUGGACUGCAUGCUGCAGACGUUGGUACUCCGCUCUCCUGCCUCCAGACUCAGCCAGGAGCUGCAGAGGAUCUUGCAGAUGCUGCUGACCUUCACCAAGUCCCAGAGCGCGGCGGUGUGUGAGAGGGCCGUGAGGAGGAUUGGGAUGCUGAUCUAUUUGAUGGCCAGAUAUUCCUCGCUGGAGGCCUGGCGCCCCUUUGGAAGAGAGGAGGACAGCCCUGCCUGCUACAGAGGCUUCCAUAUCCCCAAGCUGGGACAGCUGCUGGGACAUCUCAUCCUUCUCAGCUCUUGCAAGGACAAAGACACCAGCUGUGCCGCCUUGGAUGCUCUUUACCUCCUCUUGAUAUUCCUCCUGCAGCAAAGAUGCAGUGCGUGGCCAGAGGAUAGUCCACAGCACCAAAGCGUGUGGGGAGCUGCCGGCACCUCCUGUCUUUCUUUGCACAGCACCGGGGACUUGACCAAGGCGUUUGGAAAAUACCUCAAACCUGGGGAGAAGACAGAUGUCAUCCUCACGGCCAUCAAGGCCAUGACAGACACCAGCGCUUCUGACAAGGAGGGGGCCAGCAGCAUGCUGGAUGAGGCCAUGAAAGACCCUGACUCCUGGCUGAUGGACGUGCCAAAGAUCAUUAAUGGCAUCCACGAAAACCUGGAGCACAUCUGCACGGCGCCAGCCAGGCACAGCAUAGACUCACUCCUUCUCCUGCUGACCAACCAGUACCCCAGCAAAGUGGUCAGAAGCCUGCUGAAGUACUCUAAACUAGCUGACAGUGCUGCCCUGGCCAUGUGGAAGGUGAUGUUCUCCCUGCUCCAGCCUUUGGAGAAGGUCUUGAGGGAGCUGCACAGAGAAUACAGGAAGCGGCGGAUCCACAUGCUGUUUGGCACCAUGACAGGGGACAGCAGCAUCCUCUGCCUGGCCAUCAUCGCCACCAGCAACAUUCCAUCAGAGACCUUUGCUGCCGCGAUCUCUUUCUGGGGGUGUCUGAGGGAUGAGAGCCUGGAGGUGAUCUCGCUGGUGCUCCAAGGCCUCAUCACGCUGUCGCAGAGACCCGAGAUGGCAAGAAAAAUGAAGGUCCUGCUGGAAGACAUUGUGAAGACCCUGCAGUAUGCCAGUGAAGAUGUCCAGAUGAAGGCCCUGCUUGUCUUCAGAAACAUGCUGGGUCAUAUGACGAGGGAGGAGGCCAGUCCCAUCGCUCUGAAGCUGGCAGAGAGGCUCCUGCUGCUCUUCAGCAAUGCGUCCAGCCAGCUGCGAGAGUCCUCCAUCUGCCUCUUCAGAGACGUGAUGCAGAUGGUGGUGUGGAGACACAGGAGAAAAAUGAGGAAGAACGUGCAGCGGGGCCUGCUCCCACUGCUCUUUCACAUGAGUGACCAGACCCAGAGCGUGGCCAAGGCCUCCAGGGAAGCCCUCCUAGCUGCUGCGGAAUUCCUGGAGCAGAAGCAGCUCAAGUACCUGACCCAGACGGAGCAGGCAUGGAGGAUUGGAGAGUGCUUGCUGGUGCAGGCCAGGAACAGGGUGGAAGAAUACCUGUGGCAGAGCCUGCUGUACCUGAAUGAUGCUCAGGCCAGCGUGCAAGAGGAGGCCAUCAGGUUCACCGGGCUUGCCACGCGGCACCUGAGGGACCAAAGUGCGGAGAGGCUGCAGGAAGUCUGUGAUGCCCUCAAGCCCUUGCAGGGAGACAUCGAGCCCUCCAUCCGUUCGCUGGCAGCUCAGACCAUGCUGAUCGUGGGUUCUCCAAGGAAGCGGCCAGCAUCAGGAUGGACCAGGGUGCUGUGCUGCUGGCCCUGCAAAGCCAGGGAAAGGUGA